AUGACACAAACCGUAGCGACCGCUGCAGACGACCACUGUUCCCCAUCCCUCCCAAAACCUGGCCCCGCACGCCCGGUGAAAGAUCCGCGCGACCAUUUUCAAGAAGCUCGCACCCAUCCCCCCUCCGCGUCCGACAUAUAUGCCUCUUCUCCAGAGCAGCUGGUCGACAAGGCUCUGCACGCGCUGCAAGAGGCCGGAAUCGAACUCAUCGAGUGGAAGACGCUCCUCUUCAGGCGCAUGGGCGUUCCAGUGGCCCUCAAGAACUUCCACUACCUCGUCCCCGAUGCGGAGUUCGCGCGCGCGUCGCAAAUCCUCGAGGAGGACCAAGGCCUGCUCCUCUCCCUCCCUCCGCGGCUGUGGCACAUCCGCAGGAUGCGAAACUACUUGAAGCCGAGUCGCGUCUAA